GUGGUAUUGAUUUGGCGCUUCAAGCGUGGCCACACUGAGUUUAUUAACAAAAAAAAAAAAAAAUUAUUAGCAAAAUGGUUAGCAGAAAUAUAGAAAGCACGAGUAAAGUGCCGACUUUCCAUGUCAUCCGGGAGGUGUACGACAGCUCCAAUGCCCACGAACGGUUCGAGGCCGAGCUGGACAAGGCGCUGGAGAAGAAGGUGGACUUUAUCAUAAUCGAGCCGCCGCGUCUGGGCGAUGAAACCGGGCGCUGGAUUUGGGUGGGCAAUUGCCUGCACAAGACAGCUGUGGCCACUGGCGUGGUGUCCCUGGUGGCCAGCCUGCUGUGGCGCGAUCGUCCUGUCAUUGCGGCACCCGCCUGCGCGUUGUCGCUGUUCUGCAGCGGCCUCUACACGGUUUCCUGGAAUUAUGAUCCUUGUUGUCAAUAUCAGGUGGAGAACAAUGAGACCGUGCUGGAGCAGCUGCCUCUGACGGAUGUCUCCUCGCCUGUGAUCCUGGGCUACUCGCCCAACUGCAAAACCAAAUACUUGCAUCGCGGCGUCACCUUCCUUUCGGCAGCCCUAUGCGCCUGGCAAAUCUGGCGGUCAUACAAGUAGGAGGCCUGGCAGUCCAAUAUCCAAGCAAUUCAUGCAAUCCAAAACCCGAGAAUGGCAGCUGCAGCCGAAGAGGAAGCGAAAGCGGAAGCGUCAUACGUAAUAAGUUUAGAUUAUAGGCACUAAGCGAAUGCAUUUCUAUAAGAAUUUCGAUUUUCAAACGAUUUUCGAACGAUUUUAGCUUACUUCUGUCUUGUGAAGUUUUUUAAAUGGUUACGAGUCCCAGCUUCCGUCGUCCCGCGUCCAUGUCAGUGUGUGUCCUGCAUGUUCUCCUAACUUAUUACGGUUCGAUGAUGGCCUGCAUUAGUCCUAAGGUGGAGCAGGGUCUAGUCACUGUUCCCGGAGCUGGCUAGCACUGUAAAUUAAGCAAACGUCAACUUCUGUGUAUAAUAGAAAUCCCAUUUAUGAUUGUUAUUUAGAGUCUAGUUGAAGAUACAAAUAUCAGAAAGCGAAGGGGGAAAGAAAAAUAAACGCAAUGCAAAUGUGUAAA